AUGAAGCCCGAUGUUCCUCCUUCCUACGAAAGCGCAGUCAGUCGCGAAGCAUGGUCUAUUAUCGCGCCCUGGAUUUCCUCGAGCGACCUGUGCUCGGCAUGUCUGGUGUCGCGGAAAUGGUACGCUAUCUUUGUGCCAUUCCUCUGGGGCGACCCUGCUUCCCACUUUGGCAUUGAGAAUGAUGCCGUCUACGUCGCUCUCACCCGCUUCAAGAGGAGCUUACGAAAAGCAAGAUUGAGUGUCAGAAGCCUCACUCAUACGCUGCAUCUUCCGCCUGCUCUGAGCGAGAUCUAUGGUGGUCCAAAUCCCACCUGGUUGCGCGACGUCCUCGAAUUCCUUCCCAACCUCCAAAGCCUCAUUGUCACGAAGCUACCCUUCUUUGAUCACCACAGCCUCAAUGCUUUGAGAUUUCCAAGCGCGGGCAGAAGAUUGUCGAACGAAGAAGCAGAGAUAUUUCCCACAUACGGACUGAAACUGUUACUGGCCUCCAGCGAGCCGAACACUACGUCUUCCUCCCUGGCGAAUGCGCUGCCGAGAUUUCCCAGUUUAGUUUACCUCGAUCUGUCCUACACGUCACCCGCACGGGAUGCUGCAGUUCUAAUAGCGCUAUCAUACCUGCCAGAUCUUCAGGUCUUGAAGUUGCGGGGCGUUGGGCUUAAAGAUGGAGAGGCCGAGGUCCUGGCCAAUGCGAUCGGGAUUCGCGUUCGUUUGCUCGAUCUUCGGGACAACCUCUUGACCGACAUGGCCGUGCGAUCAUUGAUGCAAGCAUGUUUUCUGUCCCCAGACGCCGCACAAUCAAGACACCUCAAUGUUGAAGAUUGGCCGGUCGGUAUGGCUCCGGGGCCGGACUUUUUCAGUCUGGACACCCUUCGGAGCGAAGAACUCGAUCAUGAGUUGCUCAAGCAAUUGACCAAACCACUCACGGGAAGACUAGCCUUUGAAGACAUUCCUCACCGAGGCUUGACCCAUCUCUACAUUUCAGGAAAUCGCUUGUCUGUCGAGGGCUUAUCAAGUCUCCUGAAGUCGGAACGCCUCCACAUUCUGGAUGGCGGUUCAGUUGACACGGUCAAGACUAUCGCGCGGACUCAAUCGCUUUCUUCGCCUACAGGCUAUAUUGAUGAAGUCCGCUUCCCAGGCGCAGAGAAGCUUAUCCCGGUGCUGGCAAGGUCUGCCAGCAAGAAUUUGACCUACCUACGUGUUGACCAUACAUUAGUCACUGCAAAGUUCGAUCCCGGCCCGACAGUGGUCAAACCAAAAGCCUCGUCGGUCGAACUUGCAGGGUCUGAGCCACUGGCUGCAGAGCUUCCGUCUCGCGAGAGACAGAUAGUCGAGGCCCCGGCCCCAGCCCAUUACGCAGUGGAGAUGCCAGUUCCGGAUCAGAUUUUCGAAUUGGAUGCCACUCCAGCACCACCACGGGCAGAACUGAUCGGCGAUGUGAUAUAUUUUGCCCUUAGCCCUCCAAUUGGAGAGAAGCCUGAGGCAGCCAGCCCUAUUGUUGAAACUCACAGUCCGAUCAGAGGCGAAGGUCCUUAUGCUCCAGAGGUCGUCAAUGGUGCAGGGGACGAUGCCGAGAACGAAGAUCGUGCGACGGUGGUUGAUUCCGAGAUUUCUGACGAGACCGGAACACACAGCACAACGAAAUCAAUCCUUUCCCCAGUGUCUCCUAUGACGCCUCACCCUAACACCAUGACCUUUCAACCUCUGGUCCUGCCGUCUACCCCGAAGACCAAGGCUGCAUCAACGUCCACUCCUAUCAAGACAGGGGACGCUCACCCACCGCCCGCGGUAGCUCCGCCGUCACAACCGAAUACCUCUCUCUCCACAACUCCUGCUGCAUUGCAUCACCGCCAGGCUCGGAUAGAAGCACUCUUGGCGAAGAGGCCUCCGGGAUUGUCAUCCAAAAUGACCCAUACAGGAUCAGAUAUCCCCAAAAUCACAGUGCAGAAUCUGACCAGUCUCCAUCCCGCUGUGCUCCCCAAUCUGAGAACGUUGAUCCUUACCGAUGUGCCUACAACAGUGCCAAAAUCCUCUCCGGUCGUUCCUGCAAUUAAGGCUUUCAUCUCUGCUUGCGCCGACGAAGCUGCUCUUGCCCGCCUCCUCGCGCGGACGGAUUAUUCUCUCCCACCCGGUCGGGCGCGCCAUAUCGCCGAAUUGGAACAUGCACGGUCGCUCUUCGCCCUCCGCACAAUCAUCCUCGAAAUGGAGGAACCCACCAAUCCGGUAGCGGGCGAGCAGCGAAGGUGGCAGCAUUCUCGUCAGCGUAUUAGCAUGAGUAAAUCCUCAACAGGGGACAGGGAUAGUGAGAACCUUUGGUCGGCCGCUGAAAACGACUUUAGCUUCUUUGGAGAAGAAGGGGAAGAACAGGACGAGUGCGGGAUCUACCAGCAUGACCCGGAGAAAUACUUCCCUACUGCACAUUUUGACGACAAAAUUCUGCUGGGCCCCGAAGACAACCCGCCGGAAAGUGGCUCGAGCAGUCCACACGGUAGUCUCCAUGGGUAUGGGACGUUGUCCCCAUUCAUGAUGAACUAUGGCGGUUCUACUGGGACAUUACGAAGCCCGAGGAACCUGCCCUUGGGUCGGAAUCGCAGAAGCUCGAAUGAAUCUCAGCGAAAUGGCACCGUGCGGAGUUUCUUGAACGAGAUGCAAGGUGCCCCAGUGUCACCCAAGUUUAUGAAUGGCAGAUUGCGUCCACCGUCGAGAGAUUCGAUGCUUCCGCCGACUUCCAACCCCGUGCAGCCACCAGAAGAGGAGAAAGUGGAUGUCAUCGCCGAAGUCGCGGCGUGGCGAAAAGAGCGAAAGAAGGCCUACGAAGACGAAUUGGCGCGAUAUCGGAUGACUCGUGGAGGUGGUGGCGCGGGAAGAUCGAAUAGUAUGACCAGCCAAAGCAAUGGACAUGGACAAUCGUCAUCUGCACCGAGAGGUUACGGAUAUGGCUUUGACCACGGAGCUGGGCCAGGAUCACUCGCGUACGCACAUACCCACACAAAUGGCAAUUCAGCGGUCAACCAAGGAAGCCACACUCCGUCUGGUAGCUCAACUCAUGGUGAGAUUAAUGACCUCGACAUGAAAUUUGUUGAAGGACACUGGAAGGGCGAGAUCAAGGUGAUUAGAAAUGCGACGCCAAAGGGCCGAACAGGAGUGGUGGACAUGUAUGGCAACUAUUUUGAGAAGGGAUAUCUGUAUCCCUGA